GAAAGAAAAACAAAACACUUAUCAAGAGUGCUGUUUGAAAGUGCUAUUAAUGAAGAAAAAUAAUGUAGUUAAUGUUUGAAAUGUCUCUUUCUGAAAAAAGUGAUAAUUUCUAAUUGUCAAGGAGCAUUUUCUACUUAAAUAUUAGGUAUACGGAAAUAAAUUAAAAAAAAACUUUAUGAGAAUACCGCAUUAUAUUAUUUAAUAAAUUCAUUGCUACUUGUAAAAAAAUGGUUUUGUCAGGUGACCUAAAAAAUUACUUCACGUGUUAUUUAAUCUGACUAAAUUUACCUGACAAAUUAGGUUACACCGAUGAAAGUAUUUUUCCGGGUUAAAUCUAAUAGAAAUAGUUGAGGUAACAAUUGCAGGUUGCCACUUUGUCAGUGUAUUCAUGUUGAGGAAACGUUAAAAACAGCAAAGCCUGUUUUAAAAAAGUUUUAUUGGCUAUCACAAGAUAAGGAAGUUGAUGUUACUGGCAAUCGCCCAAAAUUUGAUGUCAAUUUUUGGGGUUCAAGGAGGGUCUUGGGUUUAUCUUCUGUCUAGCUGCUGUAUAAAAAAGCCAAUCCCCUUGCUGCCAGCUCACAGAGGUUUGCUGUAAAGUCAUCCUUCCACAAUGAGUCUCACCGCCAAAGACAAAGCUACCGUCAAAGCUCUUUGGGCCAAGAUCUCAGGAAAGGCUGAUGAAAUUGGUCAGGAUGCUCUUUCCAGGAUGUUGGUGGUCUAUCCCCAGACCAAAACCUACUUCUCUCACUGGAAGGACCUGAGCCCCGGCUCGGCCCCUGUGAGGAAGCACGGAUCGGUUGUAAUGGGUGGUGUUGGUGAGGCUAUCAGCAAAAUCGAUGACCUCACUGGUGGGCUCCUAAGCCUCAGCGAGCUGCAUGCUUUCCAGCUGCGGGUUGACCCUGCAAAUUUCAAGAUUUUGUCCCACAACAUUCUAGUGGUUCUGGCUGUUAUGUUCCCCACCGAAUUCACUCCAGAGGCUCAUGUGUCUAUGGACAAGUUCCUCUCUGCUUUGGCUUUGGCUCUGUCUGAGAAGUACCGAUGAGCACACGCUUGUGUUUUCACUUCAGACGCCUCAGACGAAUGCCAGCAUGAACAGUCUGUCUUAUGA